GAUUCAUUUCUCAAAAUUGAGUCAGAUAGUUCGGUAGAAUCUUUUCAAGCCGUGUCAUUUCUUGUUCGGUAACAGUUUUUUCUCUUGUCAUGUAUGCUCUGAUACACCAUGGAAGAAGGUUGGUCCAGUUACAGAAAUUGUCUAAUUUCAGAGUUUCAGUUCAAAACGGAUCUGCUUUGUCCAAUUCCUUCUCUUUUGCUAGUGUUGCUGAUGCGACCCUUAUAGAUAGCCUUAAAGGUAACAACUUUACAGUCUCUUACCUAGUUGAUUCAUUGGGUUUAACCACAAAGCUCGCAGAAUCGAUCUCCAAGAAAGUAAGCUUCGAGGAGAGGAGAAAUCCGGAUUCUGUUCUGAGUCUUCUUACAAGUUAUGGGUUCACAAAGUCUCAGAUUUCAAGUAUCAUUACUAUCUACCCACGAUUGCUUGCAUUAGAUGCUGAGAAAUCCAUUGCUCCCAAGCUUCAGUCUCUGCAGUCCAGAGGAGCUUCAAGCUCUGAGCUCACUCAGAUUGUUUCUACUGUUCCUAAAAUCUUGGGGAAGAGAGGGCACAAAUCUAUAACUGUAUACUAUGAUUUCGUCAAAGACAUUAUAGAAGCUGAUAAGAGUUCUAGUUACGAAAAGUUAUGUCAUUCUUUUCCACAGGGUAACAAGAAGAAUAAGAUCAGAAAUAUCUCUGUUUUGAGAGAAUUGGGUGUGGCUCAGCGUUUGUUAUUCCCUUUGCUCAUCUCAGAUGGCCAACCUGUCUGUGGUAAAGAAAGAUUUGAAGAAUCUCUCAAGAAGGUUGUUGAGAUGGGUUUUGAUCCGGAGACUACAAAGUUCGUUGAAGCUCUGCGAGUUAUUUACCGUAUGAGUGACAAAACAAUAGAAGAAAAAGUCAAUGUCUACAAAAGGUUAGGCUUUGGUGUGGCUGAUGUAUGGGCAAUCUUCAAGAAGUGGCCUUCUUUUUUGUCAUACUCAGAGAAGAAGAUAACUCAUACUUUUGAAACCCUUAAGAGUUGUGGUCUGCUUAAACACGAGGUCCUGUUAUUGUUGAAGAAGCAUCCAAAAUGCAUUUGUUCUUCAGAGCAGAAGAUUGUGAACUCCAUAGAAACAUUCUUAGGCCUAGGAUUCAGCAGAGAUGAGUUUGCGAUGAUGGUCAAGCGAUAUCCUCAGUGCAUUGACUAUACUGCUGAGACAGUGAAGAAGAAAACUGAGUUUAUUGUGAAGAAUAUGAAUUGGCCACUAGAGGCUUUGGUUUCGAUCCCUCAGGUAUUUGGAUACAGCCUGGAGAAGAGAACUGUCCCAAGGUGUAAUGUAAUCAAAACUCUCAUCUCAAAAGGACUGAUGAAAGACGGAAGUGAAGCCCCUCCAAUGUCAUCUGUUUUAACAAGUACCGAUCAGGCGUUUUUAAGGAGGUAUGUGAUGAAGCACGACAAGUUGGCACCUGAGUUGAUGGCUAUCUUCACUGGAGAAAAUGGGAAGUGAAAAGAGGAGCUUCUAUAUAUAGUCAGAACACCUACCACACAACAAGAGCAUCAUUAAGGUUUGUAUUGUUGUGUUAGUUUUAGAUUCUUCCAUGAAUCUGUUGACAUCAGGCCAUGAGAAGUGAAAAGAGGAGUUUCAUUUAUAUAUCUCUGAUACCUAUUUAGACUUUUGUAAUCUCAAUUUGACUCAUUUUAAUAUACAAUCCAACAUUGAAAAUAAGUAGCAAUACUUUUCAAUCUUUUUUGAGUCUUGAACUCUUUUAGUGGCCUAGAAACGUGGAGAUAUGUUCUUCUUUGCAUUCACAUGAAGCACAUAUCUUGGUUAGUCAGGUAACUUACAAUAUAUUGA